GUGACCCAGUCAUCAACGAGGAUCCGAGUCCAUCUAGCCAUAUCUGUCUGUCUGUCCGUCAGUUCGCAAGUAUCUCAGAUCCUAUAAGAGCUAGAGAUUUGUAAGUUUUUAUCAUAUCAAACACUUUGUUUUCGUGCUAAACCAAGUAGCAGUUGCCCUUGGACUCAGCCAAUACUUGAGACUAGCACAACAAUUGUCGCGUGUCAAGCGAUUCAAACAGUUCGACAAAAGGUAGCCCAAAGUAAGUCCAAAGGACAUUUAUUGCCUCUCCACUCCACUCGACACGAGGGACAGCGCCAGAGCUGAGCUCGAGCCAGAGUUUGUUGUGGCCAUAUGGUGCCGGUUGCUGGAGUGCGGCUCGAUGCAACAUAUGUCUGUAGCCAGUAGCUCAUCCUCGCUCUCACCCUCGCUCAGGCCUCUCGCUUGCUCGUGCUGUUGUGUGCUGUUGAGCGUGAAAGUCACAAAUUAUAGAAAAAGAGAUCACAUGCCAUGAUAGCGGCAAUUUGGCAAGCUAUGACGCGUGCCAGGGCCAAGGCGAGAGCGGCACAGCAUGAAUGAGGCAAAGGUCAAAGUAGUAGGCGGGAGCGAGCGAGCAAGAGCAAGAGCGAGAGAGGGAGCGAGAGCGAGGGAGAGCGCAUCUAACCCCUAACUGGCCGCCCCUGUUGACGAUCCUUAAUAUGGUAAUGAUGAAGAUCCUGGCUGAGGGGCAAGGGGUCAUUUGCGGGCCACACUCAUACAAACUUGGUCAGCGCAGCGGUAAUAAUAUUUGUGCAACUAGGCACCGUGGCCCGAAGGGUGGCUUUGCGUCUAACUGCAGCAUAAUCAUUUCGUCUCUGGCCAGCUCGUGCCGCUCGCGCGUCAGUUGCAGUUGCGGCACAACAUUCGAGCCGUGCAGAGCUGAAAACGCCAAAGAAAUGAGCCGCUACUACUCAUCGGAGGAGGAUAACAGCUCACAGUAUCUGGGCAGUCCCAACUACAAUCUAACGCUGAUGUCCAGCGCCACGUCGGCGCAGCAGUACAACCAGGUGGCGUACUUGUCGCCCGACUGGCAAUUUCUGGAUGCCACAGGCGGCGCCUUGGAGCAGCAACAGCACCCAGCACCCGCCAGCUAUGAUGAGACGCACACCAUGCAGAUGCAGCAUGUACUGCCGCAGGAUGAGAGCCAGCAGCCGCUGAAGAAGCGCAAAAUAGGCCCGCGCAGAUUGAGCGUACAGUCGACGCCCAGCUCGCUGGUGCUGAGCCCCACGGUGCAGAAGCGGAGACGGCAGGCGGCCAAUGCGCGCGAGCGAAAGCGCAUGAAUGGGCUGAACGAGGCAUUCGACAGGCUGCGCGAGGUGGUGCCGGCGCCCUCCAUUGACCAGAAGCUGUCCAAGUUCGAGACGCUGCAAAUGGCCCAAUCCUACAUAUUAGCGCUGUGCGAUUUACUGGACAACAAUGGCGAGGACGUGGAUGCUGCCGCCUACACGAUCUUUGGCGGUAGCGAAAGCAGCUUUGAGCUGGCAUCUUAAACGAUAAAAAUAGGAAUAUUAUAUAUUAUAUAAAGAGCGUUAUUUGGUUAAAAUUGAAUCUAAGAUUUAAGGUUUGUGAUUUUCUUCUAACUGUAGCAUUAUAAUAAAACAUAUUGCAUUAAAUUAAGAACAUUAUUAAAGAACUUCAAAUUUA